GCUCCAUCAUCCUUCUGCGAUACGAGCAUCGUUUUGGUGGAGCCAGGGCAUUCUCCCAGCCCCCCGACACACACUCAUGACUAUCGACUAGGGUCGCUCAUUAACCCACAAUCAGAGGGAUAUAAGGACAGUAUUAUGGCGAAACACCGUCCAGAAAGAGACAGCUGGGGUGAGUGGUCCCUCAGUGAUAAAAAUGUCUAUGACUGGAGCUCAGAGGAGGAGGAGCCAGAUGGACGAGCUCGGCCCAUCCAGGUGCUGCUGGUCAAAGAUGACCACACCUUUGAGCUGGAUGAGACGGCACUGAGCUGCAUCCUGCUGGCUGAGGAGGUCAGAGACCGUGAGGUGGUGGCCAUCUCCGUGGCUGGGGCUUUCCGCAAGGGCAAGUCUUUCCUCAUGGACUUUAUGCUACGUUACAUGUACAACCACGCAUCUGAAAACUGGCUCGGCGAUCCAGAGGAGCCUCUGACCGGCUUCUCCUGGAGGGGUGGUUCAGAGAGGGAGACCACUGGGAUCCAGAUCUGGAGUGAAGUCUUUCUGGUGGACAAACCAGACGGAAGAAAGGUCGCUGUGCUGCUAAUGGACACGCAAGGCACGUUUGACAGCCAGUCGACGCUGAGGGAUUCAGCGACUGUGUUCGCCUUGAGCACCAUGAUAAGCUCCAUGCAGGUUUACAACAUCUCACAGAAUGUACAAGAGGACGACCUUCAACACUUGCAGCUUUUCACUGAGUAUGGCAGACUAGCAAUGGAGGAGACUUUCCUCAAGCCAUUCCAGUCCAUGAUUUUCCUGGUUCGAGAUUGGAGUUUUCCAUAUGAGUUUCCUUACGGACAGGAAGGCGGCAUGAAGUUCCUUGAGAAGAGACUGAAGAUUUCAGAGAACCAGCACGAAGAGCUGCAGAAUGUGCGGAAACACAUCCACUCCUGCUUCACCAACAUCUCCUGUUUCCUGAUGCCUCACCCUGGCCUCAAAGUGGCCACCAACCCACAUUUUGAUGGGAGAAUCAAAGAGAUUGAUGGUGAGUUUAUAAACAACCUGAAGGUCUUGGUCCCCUGGCUCCUCAGUCCUCGUAACAUCGAUGUGAAGGAGAUCAACGGUAGCAAAAUCACGUGCAGAGGCCUGCUGGAGUAUUUCAAGGCUUACAUCAAAAUUUACCAAGGUGAGGAGCUGCCACACCCAAAGUCAAUGCUACAGGCCACAGCAGAGGCAAAUAAUUUAGCAGCUGUUGCAGCGGCAAAAGAUCUGUACAACAAGAAAAUGGAGGGGGUCUGUGGAGGUGAUCGGCCCUUCCUCGCCCCCAGUGAGCUGCAGGCCCGACACACCGUCAUCAGAGAGGAGGCUCUGCAGGUGUUUAAGGGUGUGAAGAAGAUGGGAGGUGAGGAAUUCAGCCGCCGCUACCUGCAGCAGCUGGAGGGAGAGAUUGACGAGGUGUUCGUCCAGUACAUCAAGCACAAUGACUCCAAGAACAUUUUCCACGCAGCCCGCACACCGGCCACGCUCUUCGUGGUCAUCUUUGUCAUGUACGUGGCUGCAGGUAUCACAGGCUUUGUGGGUGUGGACAUCAUUGCCAGCUUGUGUAACAUGAUCCUCGGUCUGGCACUGAUCACGCUGUGCACCUGGGCCUACAUCCGGUACUCUGGGGAAUACCGAGAACUCGGCGCCGUCAUUGAUCAGGUUGCCGGUGCGCUCUGGGACCAGGGGAGCACAAAUGAGGCUCUCUACAAGCUGUAUAAUGUAGCAGCCAAUCACAGGCACCUGUACCACCAUGCGUUCCCUGGGCCUCAGGUAGAAGAGGUGCCUGAAGAGCAGGACAAGAAGAGGGACUGAUUAGUUAAAAGACAAACAGACUUCCUCAUGAUGGACAGAGGGAGGAAGUUGAGGAGGAGGAAAGCAGAAGAAUGCCCUCACCCAUAAGGCACUCUUUAAUUCUGGUACUUGCUUCUGCAGCCUGCCAGUGCAUUCACUUCUUUAACCCUUAUAACGGACUGUUUAAUGUUCAUGCAUAUGUUGAGAGCAUCUCCUCAGUGGGUCACUGCUUUCAAGCAUUGGAUGCAAUGUGUCUCGCACCCUUAGUUCGUGAAGCAAACACACCUGUACAGAUACCAUGGGCACUCCUGCUGGAGGAGAAUUCACAUAUCCAACCUCCAGUCAGCUGUUUAUUUCCCAUCAGGCAUUUUCUUUUUUUUUUUUUUUCUUUUUUUUUUUACAUUAUUUGUUAUUGAUGAUGAUUUUUAAGGUAUAUCCAAAUCUGUGAAAUCCCCAUUUGUGACAAUUGUUCUGUUCUUUGAAGUUUAGUGCUGUUUAUAAGGAACAAUAUCUAUGACCUGCAAUGUUUGAAAGACAAAAUAUGUACUGUAUAUUAAAUAAUGACACAUUACAAGCAUCAUCAGCAUGGUAAGUGGUUAAUGUCUGUCAUCUUUAAGCUCUAAAAGCAGGUAUACUUUAUUUAAAAAAAACAAACAAAAAAAAAAUAGAUGAAUGGUUGUGACUAAACUGGUAUUGUGCCAUAACAUGUAAAAAUGAUUUCUCACCUGCUGCAGCCUGGCUACAUGCAGACACUCCAUGGCACAUGAAUUUGUUGUAUACGGUAUGUUUUGUUGUAGGGGUUGGUGUUACUUUUGACAUAUCAGGGAGUAGCUGUGUGCUACAGCACUGGUGGGAGAGACAAAAGUUUACACAACAUAGCCGACAUCAUCUCACUUUAUAGUCCGCUUGCAGUUUUGUAAUUACGAAUCGUCCCAGUGAUCCUCUAUAUGUGCGUUUGGCCUUUGAGGUCAGAGGAAAGAGCAGGUUUUGGUUUCCAUUGUGAUGUAGAGGCGGCUGCCAAAGCCAUUGUUGUGCUUCUCACUGAAUGUUCGAGCAAAUCCGAGGAAUGUAGCUAUUCUGUGGCCACCGGGGAAUCAAAGCUAGAUGCUAUUAGGCGUGGCGACAGGCCUGCUUUGGAAACGGAGCCUCAUUCCACAUCUCUUUCAUCAUCUUCACACACUUAAACUGAAUCAUCUGUGCAAAACUGCUGCAUGGUGAAAGAGGCUUUUUGUGUUUCCAGGACAGCUUGCAUUUUUAAACUAAAGGCUUGUAUUGGUGACAACUCUUUUUUUGGUGUUUGAAUACUUCGGCUUAGUAGACUGUUACUGUAUAUUUGUACAGCUGUGGUCAUUGUUUUAACUCCUUCAGUCAUUGUGCUGUAAAAUGUUUGCAUCACAUACAAAGCUGCAGCAAAACUUUUUUUUUUUUUGCCCAUUUAGAUCUGCUCACCAACCAUACAGGAACACUGUCAUGCAUAUUUAGCAAGUUUAUAGUGAGGUUUGACCUCAAAGCUUGAAAAUUUAAAGGCACUGCAACAGAGUGGCUUCUUGAGUCUUCCACAAUGUAUAAUCAACAUCAGCGAGGCCUUCACACAAAGAACCAUCCCAGACCAGUUUAAGAUUCGUGAGGUUUUGAAAUCCCAUUUUAUUUCAUGUUUGUGUUUUGGGUGUUGUGUCCAUUGAUAAGUCAGAGGAGCAGUAUUUGUUUACAUGUUGGAAUAUUUUGUCUGUGAGAAAAAGAACAAGGGGGGAUAAAAAAAAAAGAAAAAAAAAGUGCUUUUCCUGGAUUUAUUUCAUUCCUAAAGCAUCACCUCUGGACAUGGUGGGAGUACUGAAAGCUCAAA